AUGGACAUGGAUAACAAUAGUCCUCCUGCCAGCAUCUCUUUCCCCCAAGAUACGCCGCCGCGUGCCGAUGUGGACGAGAUCUUGCGCCGGAAGCGCAAGGCGAGAGAGUACAAGGCGUGCUAUCCUUGCCGGCAACGCAAAGUCAAAUGCGACCAAAACGUGCCUUGUAAGACCUGCAUAGAUCGAGAACACGCAGAACUAUGUACCUACCACCCCCCGGCCGAGAUACAUCCCCCUGCGAAGCGUAUAAGUAUGGGCGUAGGCGCAGGCGUGGGCGUGGGACACAAUAAUAACGACUUUUCAAACGGCAUGGUACACAUCCACGGAGGGACUGUAACUCUUCCGCGCGAGGACUGGGAUCGCAUAUGCGCGAAGCUGCAGAGUGCGGAGAAAUCUCUGUCAGACCUGAAAAACUCCAUAAACAACGUAUCCGAGAUCCCAUUGAACGGCGCAUCAAAUGGAUACUCCCCAGGGACAAUGACGAACACACCACUAGCCGCAAACGCUCCGCUGGAUAACGAGCAACGACACGUGCGGACCCAAGGCAUACACACCCAAAACGACCUCACAGGACAGACUAUUCACAUAGGCCCCAGCUCUGUCCCGGCAUUGGUCAUGGCGCUUGGUCGUGGGGAGACUCAAUGGCCUGGGGUGCAAGACCUUUUAGGAAAGAAGAGCAUUCUGCCCGUAUUUGGACUGGAUAACGAGAGUGCCACAUAUCCAUUCGUGGAUCUCUGGGGACUGCCACAUGGAUCCUUAGCACGAGCAAACGAGCUCGCUAAUGCGCUACCGACUGACUCGGAAUGCUUAAGCUUCUUCCGUUGCUAUCGAGAGACCGCCCACAUUGUUUACCCAGCAGUUGCAGAUAUCGAGCAGUUUGAGUCAGAUAUAUUGCUAUUUCUCAUCAAUCGCGCCAGCGCACAGUCGAGCAGUGAUGGACCCACGGGCGUUACAGAAGAAACGAUUUACGGGAAAAGCCUACAAUGGAUUGGGCUUCUCUUUGCAAUUCUGGCAUCUGGAUGUCAAUGUUCGGGUCUCCCUCGAAAGGAACGGGAAUUGACCUCACAGGUCUACGUCUGCUGCAGUUUUGAGUGUCUUCGAUUCACUAAUUUCCUAUCCCACGCGACAUUGGAGAACAUCCAAACAAUGCUGAUUCUGGGAAACGUCAUUUCGAACAACAUGAAUGCUGGCGUGGCUUGGUCACUGAUGGGACUUACAGUUCGUCUGUCACAGACUCUUGGGCUACACCGAGUCUGUCCUCCAUCAGUUGCGCCUCAAGUUAAGGCUGUUCGGAGUAAAGUCUGGUGGGCUCUCCUGUGGCAAGACAGCCUUCUAUCCAUUUCCUACGACAGGGCUUCAUCCACAACCACAAUCGAUCACACGGUCCCUCUUAGCCAGACAUCAACCCCGGGCACCAGAACAUAUGUAGAGUGCAUGUAUCGGUUAUGUAAAGUGGGUCUGGAUAUUGUUCGGGAGCGGCAGCAACCUCAAAAUUCCAACGACGCUUUGAUGCGCAUUACAGAACACCGUAACCAACUCCAGGAUAUCAUGUUCGACGCUGCAGACUAUUUGAAAGAUUCGCGGAGGUGUCGGUCAAUGAGGGAUCAGCUGGAACACUGGGCACUCUAUCUCCAUGUCUCAUACAUCACCUCAGAGCUUUGUCGCCCUGCCAUCAGUCCCAGCACUGCAGCCUUUGACCUAUCGAAGACAUUGCGUAAGACGUGCAUUGACAGUCUAGCAAACACCGUGGAAGCCUUCCUAGGUCUGCAAAACAUGACUCCAUUCGCAACUCGAUCAUGGGCAUCCGUCCAUCGAUCACUCAGCUCAGCACUCCUACUCGGUAUUAUCGGCGAAUCGUCGCGCAACGAGCGCGCAAAAACGCUGUUGAUGAAUCUGGUGUCGGUUUUAGGGGAGCUUUCGUCCAGCGUGGAUCCAGCAGAACUUUCGGCGCCGAUUACUCGUUCGGUUGCCGCGCUCCAGAGACUCAUUACGAUUCAACAAAGCCCGAGGGCCCCAAGAUCAACCACAUCGCAGUCUUCUCCGUCGACCACAAACUACACGCUCGAGGAUUUGAAUGGCGCCUUGAACUUCGACGACACUUCAUUCAUGACGCAGUCUCCUAUUAUUGGGUUGGAUAUGGAGGCGUCGCCGUAUGCGUUGAUGGAUUCAAUUAUCUGGGGUGCUAAGAAGACACCUUGAAUUUGCAAGAGCAAUGGUUAGAGAAAUUUAAUAGCGCCAAAGACGCCUUAAAUUGCGGGAUGAUUCCCGAUGUGGUCGCUCGGGGUGGUUCAUUCAAUUAGGGAGGGCUUCAAAUAGAGGAAAGCGUAGAAUGGGUUGGACAACGAAUGAUGCCUGUAAGUGCUCGAAUAUCUAUUCUUGAGUGGAUAUAGCCUAAUACAGUGUCACU